AUAUAAUGAUUUCUUUGUCACAUUGACUGACACCGCACCAGACAGAGGAAAGAAGCCAGGGACGUCCCUUAUAACCUAUAUUGAGCUUUGCUAGAUUAUGGGUUCUUUUUUUAGUAUGUCUAAUUCCAAGAACAAUCAAAGUGAGUCUAAUGAAACCUCUCCAAUUGAGACCUGUAAGAGGCAAAGAAUGUCAUCCGCCUGUGUUGAAGAAUGUCCAAGGCUUAUCCCUAAUCUCCCUGAUGAGUUAUCCAUUCUGAUUAUUGCUAGACUUCCUAGAAUUUGUUACUACCAUGUAAGGCUGGUAUCUAGGAGGUGGAAAGCAACUAUCAUGAGUUCAGAAUUAUAUAAAGUAAGAAAAGAACUUGGAACAACUGAAGAGUGGUUAUAUCUGUUGGUUAGGGUUGGAGAAAAUAAGCUCUUAUGGCAUGCUCUAGACCCCCGAUCUCGAAUAUGGCAGAGGCUACCUAUUAUGCCCAGCGUUGUUGAAGAAGAGGAACCCCAAAAGGGUUCUUCUAGGCUUUGGAUGUGGAACAUGGUGGAAGGUAUCAGAAUUGCUGAAAUUAUUAGAGGUCUGCUUGGACAGAAGGAUGCAUUGGAUGACAUGCCUUUUUGUGGUUGUGCCUUUGGAGCUGUUGAUGGAUGUCUUUAUGUUCUAGGUGGAUUCUCAAAAGCUUCAACUAUGAAAUGUGUCUGGCGAUUUGAUCCGAUACAAAAUUUGUGGCAGAAGGUGAAUUCUAUGUCUACAGGUAGGGCAUAUUGUAAGACAAGCAUCCUAAAUGACAAGCUUUAUGUUGUUGGAGGGGUUAGUCAAGGUCAUGCUGGACUAGUUCCUCUUCAAUCUGCUGAAGUUUUUGACCCCUUCACAGCUACAUGGUCCCAAGUUCCUAGCAUGCCAUUCUCAAGAGCUGGAGUCCUUCCCACAGCUUUUUUGGCCGACAUGUUAAAGCCUAUUGCAACCGGGUUAACCUCAUACAAGGGAAGGUUGUAUGUUCCCCAAAGUUUGUAUUCAUGGCCCUUUUUUGUUGAUGUUGGGGGAGAAAUAUAUGAUCCUGAAACAAAUUCAUGGAUGGAAAUGCCAACUGGAAUGGGUGAAGGGUGGCCCAUAAAGCAGGCUGGAACAAAAUUGAGUGUUGUGGUGGAUGGUGAAUUGUAUGCUUUUGAUCCUUCUAAUUCUGUGGAUAGUGGAAGGAUCAAGGUAUAUGAUCAAGGAGAGGAUGCAUGGAAAGUUGUUAUUGGAAAAGUCCCUGUGUAUGAUUUUACAGAUUCGGAGUCUCCAUAUCUAUUAGCAGGUUUCCAUGGAAAGCUUCAUUUCAUCACAAAAGAUGCCAAUCAUGAUAUUGCUGUUAUGCAGGCUGAUCUGAGCAGUAAUUUGGAUUCUUCACCAUCAACCUCAACACAUCUAUCACCCAAAUCUUAUUAUGAUGGAUUACUUCCAGAAUCGGCCGCUGAAUCUGAUGCAGUUGUUUGGAAAGUAGUUGCCAGCAGAGGUUUUGGGCAGGCUGAACUGAUCAAUUGCCAGGUUAUUGAUCUCUAGGCUGAUACUAAGCAACAAAUCUGAUAUCCAAGAUGUCAAUUUAUUGCAAGUUAUGCAUCAUAUAUACAAAUGCCAUAAUAGUUUGUGUUUAGUAAAUAUUUUUAUCUCAGGAAAAUGUGUCUCAUAGAAACUGUCAGCUUUGACAAUGAUAUGCUUGUUGGUUGGUAAAUACUCAA